CCAAAUUUGUUUCCAAGGGUUUAGCAGAAUCUCCUGUUCGCGAAUUCCGUUACAGUAUAAACUCCCGAGAUUAUGGCGGCGGCAAGGGCGGUGGUGCUUCCCAGACCGGUGACCUUCGUCACCGGAAACGCAAAGAAGUUAGAGGAGGUCCGAGCCAUCCUUGGCACCUCAAUUCCUUUCCAGUCCCUCAAACUCGACCUACCAGAGCUACAAGGCGAGCCUGAAGAAAUCUCUAAGGAGAAGGCUAGAAUCGCUGCUAAAGAGGUCAAGGGCCCUGUGCUAGUGGAGGAUACUUGUCUUUGUUUCAAUGCGCUUAAGGGGCUCCCAGGGCCUUACAUCAAGUGGUUUUUGCAGAAAACUGGACAUGAAGGUCUCAACAAUUUGUUAAUGGCAUAUGAGGAUAAAUCGGCAUAUGCUAUGUGUAUCUUCUCUCUUGCUAUUGGACCUAAUGUGGAUCCAAUUACAUUUGUUGGUAAAACUUUGGGAAAGAUUGUUCCAGCAAGGGGACCAAAUGAUUUUGGAUGGGAUCCUAUCUUUGAGCCGGAUGGCUAUGAGCAGACUUAUGCUGAGAUGCCGAAGGAAGAAAAGAACAAGAUUUCUCACCGCUCUAAGGCUCUUGCACUAGUGAAGUCGCACUUUUCUGAUGCUGGAUAUACCUUCCAGACAGACGCAUCUACCUAACAGCUAGAGAUCUAUGGCGUUAAAAUUUUGGCGCGAAACUUCCUGGAGUUCCUGCCCCAUCAAGCUUUUUAGCAUGGAAAGAGAAUGGCCUUUAGAGCAUGGUUGGGCUUUUGAAUAUAUACAGUGAAAUUUAUGACAGAUUUAUACCUAAUACAUCAUUGAACUAAAAUUUCAAAUUUUUAAUGUGAUUGGAACAUAGAUUUGAAUUGGAAUUUAUGUUAUUGAGCAUAGCUUUAAACUGA